AUAACCCGUCCGCUCUGACCCAUCAUCGCCCAUCGCGAAGAAAAAAAAAGCGCCCGAACCCGACCAGACGCGCAUCGCUCACUCUCCCCUACCCCGAUCAUCUGUCGACAGAACUAUGCGUUUAGCAUCCACCGCCGCCCGCGUCCUACCGGCGCGCCCGAACCCAGUGCUGAAGAGCCCUCCAUCGUUCAAUGAACUCGUUGAGAAUCGUCGCCUCGGCCAGACGAACCUCGGAGAGAAGGCUACCAGCAACAGUGGCCCGUUCAGCUAUGUGCACCUGCGCGUGUCGCUUCCUCAGAACCUGGAGGGUCAAGAGCUCUUUGGGGCUGGCGCUCCCGAGUCGUACUUUUUGAUGCGCAGGAGCAAGGACGGCUUCAUCAGUUCAACUGGAAUGUUCAAAGCAUCGUUCCCGUGGGCUAAAAAGGCUGAAGAGGAGGCCGAGAAGCAGUUCGUCAAGGCCCACUUUCCUAACACUUCCAAGAUCGAAACCGCAGGGAACCUUUGGGUAGAUCCCGUUGAUGCAUUGAUUUUGGCCGAAGAAUACGGAGUCAAGCCUUGGAUCGAAGCUCUCCUUGAUAACGAACCCGUUGUCCCAUCCGACCACCGCAAGCGCACCAUCACCCCACCGCCGCCUUUCUUCCGACAGGCCGAAUCCGACGCCGGAUCAGUUGCCUCAUCGACCGCACCUCCAUCCGCCGGCACGCGCAGACGAUCCACGCGAUCAAUGUCUCCCGGAAAGCGAAUCAUGACCCCACGCAAGUCCCGCGCGUCGAAGGUGGCAUCUUCUAAGGACAGCCCGUUGAAGAAAGAGAUGGGUGCGAUUUUGGAGACGGAAGAGACCAAGACGGUCACCACCGAGUCCACUGUUCUCGCUUCUACAGCGCCCAUUAUUCUUGCUUCCACAGCCCUCGCGGACGCCGUCGAAAACGGGCCGAGCGUAACGACGCCGGUCAAGAGGGAGGUAGCCACGUUCAAGGUGGAAGUGGACGAGGAGGUCCAGACGACCGACGAUGGUGAAACGAAGAUUACCCACGUCAAAGUGGAACUUCCGGCCGGCGAGCCCCCGUCCUUCGAGUCCACCGAGGACAUGAUCGAGAAGGCGCGGGCCAUGGUUGCCGAGGCGCGGAUUGUUGACGGCGAAUUCACGCCGGUCAUCAAGCGGAAGAUGGAGGACAUCGAGGAUGCCGAGGAGCAGGACCAGUCCGAGGAGGACGAUGAGGAAUCCAAGGAGCGGAAAGCCAAGCGCACAAAGGUGCUCGAGGACCAGCUCAGGCGAGAGAAGGUCAAGAACAGGGCGCUGCUUGGACUGUCGGCCACCCUGGCCAUUGGGGCUCUACUCCCUUAUGUGCUGUAAGGGUGCACCGAGAACGAGGGGAAUCGAAAAGCGUAGAGCCCACGGGGGUGUUCAAGCACACCUGAACAUCCAUCCGUUGGGCCACGCGAUGCCUGUAUCAAGUGAGCAUGUGGAUGGCAGAUUGUUUUCCUUUUUUCCCUUGGACCUCGUCGUGCUUUGCUACGGUUAGUUGUUUUU